GCGCUACCGAGCGAUCUUCGUCCUCACGCCUCCUCAUCCUCCUCCUCCGUGCACGGCCACGCGUCUCGGUGCGGCCAGGACGCGCGCUCACGUGGGCGCGUCCGUCAGCCCCUCGGUCGCCACAGUGGAGGGGUGUCGGCGUGCGUGGAAGACGCAGUGAGGUGAAUGGACAACACUCACAUUCAAGGAAUGCAAUUACCUCCUCAAGAUGCCCGUUUUAAGCCGCGUGCUGAUGAGCGACAGAGGUGAUGUAAUGGCAGAGCUCGCACGGAGGACGGAUCAGUGCAGGACGUUUGUCUAAAAAUCACUGCGGGUCACGCGGUAGACACUUCACGGAAUGGAUUUUCCCAACUGUACUGAAGCGGUGUAUGCUACAAGCAGCGGUGAGUAUGAUGCACUGGAGACCACCAGACUGCCUCCCAGGAAGAUCAUCCUUUCAGUGACACUCUCCGUGCUGGCCAUUUUGACCACGUUCCUCAACUGCUUGGUGAUCACAGCUAUCGCCGUCACCCGCAAGUUACAUCACCCUGCCAACUACCUCAUCUGCUCACUGGCGGUGACUGACCUGCUGGUGGCCGUUCUGGUCAUGCCCGUUAGUAUCAUAUACAUUCAGAAAGAAACCUGGGUCAUGGGUGAGGUGGUGUGCACCAUCUGGCUGAGUGUGGACAUCACGUGCUGCACGUGCUCCAUCCUUCACCUGGCUGCCAUCGCCAUAGACCGCUACAGGGCCAUCACAGAUGCCGUGGAGUACUCGCGCAAACGCACGGGGGCCCGGGCAGGAGCCAUGGUGGCCGUUGUGUGGCUCUUGUCCAUCCUUAUUUCGCUUCCUCCUCUUUUAUGGCGGUACUACACAGGGGACGCAGAUCAGGAAGAUCAAUGCAUCAUCCUCCACCAUCACAUCGCCUUCACCCUGUACUCCACCCUCGGGGCGUUUUACAUCCCCCUUUUGCUCAUCCUCAUCCUCUACUUUAAAAUCUACCGAGCUGCUCAGACCCUUUACAUGCGACGGGAGGCCAGCAGGGCGAGCCGUCACUCGUGCAUGACCAACGGGAGCAUGAUCCCUUCCACUUACACUGCUGGAGACGUCGGUGAUGGGGGACCUCGGAGUCCAGACCCCGUCAGCCCACAAGAUAAAUCGUUCUCCGACCCCUCGACGGAGGAGCCGCCUCGCGAACGGGUGCGUAUUUCUAUCAAAAAGUUCCACUGCAAGGGCCGUCGGCAUGACUCACGCAGUGAGUCACGGAGGAGCCAGCUCUCCCAAGGACCACGCAUCUCAGGCUCACGGGAACGCAAAGCUGCAUCCACACUGGGCUUGAUUAUCGGAGCGUUUGUCAUUUGCUGGUUGCCCUUUUUUGUCAAGGAGGUGAUCGUCAACACAUGCAGCUCUUGCAGCACGUCAAUGGAGAUGGCUGACUUUCUGACGUGGCUGGGAUAUAUCAACUCCCUCAUCAAUCCCCUCAUCUACACCAUCUUUAAUGAGGAUUUCAAAAAGGCUUUCCAAAGACUGGUUAGGUGCAGUAGUUACCUCUGAUAGUAACUUGUAACCGGAUUGGUAGAAAUGAGUGACUGGAGUUGAGGAAAAGGCUGAAAUUUGACUUGCCUUAGAGAGAGAUGAAGUGGAAAAUGAGUGACUCUCAUGUUCAGCCACACUCCACGGGGCACUUAAGCAGCCUCAAAGCAUAAGAAAAUAGAUUUGCAUCAAAUAAGUGUUCAGUACCCAUUACCUGUUAUAAAUAGAAUAGCCUCAUAUUUCGUGUUAAUUGGAGUGAGUGGUACGACUGACAUGCUGUUUUCUUUUUUUUAGUAAAAGGAUCAUAGCUGAUCUUUUCCAUGCCAACUUUUUGAGCACUGGUGAUCCAUCUUAAAGAUCUUGAAAUAGCUGUCUUGUCCAUCUAAUGGUUUCCCUUCUUUCUUGCCCAAACUGCUGGCUGAAAGACAGCAAGUGAAAAAAAAUGCACAAGAGUUGAAGGUUCAUAUUAAUGAAUACAGCAUUGAUUGGUUAUAAAAAACAUGUAUACUAAUUUGAUAUCCCUCAAACACUGGGAUGCGGGCAAUUUAUGAUGAUUUGGAAAAGCCUAUGUACAGCAUAAAGACGAACUGAGAAGAGAUAUUUAUAUUAUUAUUGUAAACAGAAAAUAAAGUGUAUCUGGAGCCCAAAAAAACUCACAAUUCUAAAUGUUUUUGACUAUUUUUACACAAACUGUACUGUAUGUUUCUCUCAAAUAGUCCUGGAAGUAUUUAUUUAUUUACCAUUGACCCAUUUAGCACCCUUACUUAAUUCCAGGUCAUUCCCACCACUUAUCCCGCAUUAACUUAAUCAAUGUGAAAAUCACUCUUGGAGAAAUCCUCAUUACACCCACUCAAGUACUUGGAAUGGAACAACUACUGUAUUUCUUUACUGCCUCCAAGGGGGCAGAUAAUACGUUGAUGGAAAUAUUGGAGAUUAGUCAAGUGUGAGAGUGUACCGUAUGAGAGAGAUCUUAGAGGAAACGAUAAGGUGUCUCAUAUACUGACUUUAUGAGUGGUCGUUGUAUAAAGUUAAUUUGUCGUAUGUCACCUUCUCAUUAAUCACCAAUAAACAUUCU